GCAAGACCCGACCAGAGAAACCCUAGAACGGAUCAAUUAUCAAUGGACAUCCUGAAACAAGAGUUGCUGAAGAAGCGACAGAGCCUAGCCGAAGAGGUGGGUGGCAAGAAGUUCUUCAAGCGCUCUGAGAUCGAACAGAAACGCCUCCAAAGGCUCCGAGAAGAAGAAAAGCGCGAGGCAGAGGCCAAAGCCCUCCGUCAAAAACAACAAAGCCAUCAAAACGGCUCCACCCCUAAUUCUUCCUCAGAUCCUAACUCCAAACCUGAAAUCCUGAAAUCUAAGCCCGAAUCCUCCAAUUUUUCUUCCAAACCCCUCACCGCCGAACAAAAAAUCGACGAACUCAACCUCCCCAAACAAGAAGUCAUCCGUCGCCUCCGAUUUCUCAAACAACCGGUCACAUUAUUCGGCGAAGACGACGAAGCGAGACUCGAUCGGUUGAAAUAUGUGUUAAAAGCGGGAUUGUUUGAAUUGGAUGAUAGUGAUAUGACUGAAGGGCAGACAAACGAUUUCUUACGGGAUAUAGUAGAAUUGAAGAAGAGGCAGAAGACGGGGAUUUUGAGUGAUAGGAAGAGGAAGACGACGGAAGAUGGAGAGGAUAAGGAUGGAGGGGGAGGGGAUGAGGAUUUGAGUGGGGAUGGGGCAUCGUCAGGGGUGGAUCAUGACAAGGAUUUGAAACGUAUGAAGGCGAAUUUUGAGGAUUUGUGUGAUGAGGAUAAGAUUUUAGUGUUUUUUAAGAAGUUGUUGACUGAGUGGAAUCAAGAGCUGGAUGAGAUGACCGAUGCGGAGAAGAGGACGGCCAAAGGGAAGUCCAUGGUUGCGACGUUUAAACAGUGCGCACGGUACUUGAAUCCGCUUUUCAAGUUCUGCAGGAAGAAG